UUACAUUUGAGCAGUCGGUGGAGACGGUCGCUCGCUCCAUCUGUCAGCGGAAAAGAGAAAGAGAAAUAGUGUGAAAGCGAGUGCGUGCUGUGGAGUUGUUAUUGUUUUUAUUACAAGGCGCGCGAAGACUGCGAAAUGUUAUUUUUGUUCUUAUUGAGGAGAAGCAUGGCGCAACGAAAUAGAAAAUACUGAUAAAAGCGGAAAAGCAAAUCGAGUAAACAAAAGUCGAAGUGUAGUGCAAAAGUUGAACGGAAAUUGAUAAGCGAGAAAUAAACGGUCGUAAUUGCUACCGUUCUACCUGUAAAAGUGUAAUUAAAUGGACAGCCAUCCACAGAAGCCCAGCUGCAUUUAAAGUCGCCGGCCGUCGAGCAAUGUAACACAAGGAGUCGCAGCCUGCAGCCACCAGCAUGUCCAGAUAGCAGUCCCCGGAUCCUUAAACCCGAUCUUAACCAGAAGCAGUAGCCAGACCAAAAAAAAAAAAAAAAAAAAGAAGGAUUCCCAGGAAAUUAAAGCAACAAAUUCUGGUUACAAGACAUGGCUCACUUCAGUGGUCAUCGCCAGCCGGCUGAGGUGCCGGCCCACUUUAAAAAUCUCUUCACCAAUGGUCAGCUGGGAGCAGCGGAGGAGAACAAUAACAAUGAGCAGCAGGAGCAGGAGAAUCGUCCUAGUAACAACAACGGGGAUCCUUCCUCGGAAGUCGCCUGCUGGGUCUUCGGCUACGGAUCACUGUGCUGGCAUCCGGGUUUUACCUACACAAAGUGCAUUACGGGCUACAUAAGGGGUUAUGUCCGACGAUUCUGGCAGGGAAACGUCACACAUCGCGGCUGCGAGGAAAAGCCUGGACGUGUUGCAACGCUCGUUGAGGACAAAGAGGGAAUCACUUGGGGCUGCGCUUAUAGAAUAACAGGGAGCACGGCACUGGAUUAUCUCAAGCAGCGCGAGUGCACACUGGGUGGCUAUGCAACAAUUGAUACAAAAUUCUUCCCGCGCGUCGCAUCUCAGGACACGCCCUUCAGCGGGGAAGCAGUCGAGGUAUUAGUCUAUGUGGCUACGCCGGAGAACAUACACUGGCUGGGUGACGAUCCGGCGGAAGAGAUUGCCCAGCAGAUUGUCGAAUGCCGAGGACCCAGCGGCCACAAUGCCGAGUACCUUUUGCGCCUGGCGCUAUUCAUGCACGAAGAGAUCCCCGGCGUUAGGGACGACCAUCUGUUCGAGCUGGAACGCCUGGUUCUAGAGGAGCUGUACCGCCGCCAAAUACCUCUGUCGUCUGUGAUGGGCCGCAAUCCGGAUAGGAUACGGCGCGACUCGCACGAGGACAUUCGCCGCCCGCCAUCCUUCGAGUUUACCUCCCGUGUGCCAGAUACCAAGCUGCGCUGCCUGAACAUUUGAUUGCGGGUACGUGCUGGUGGCCAAAAAUAUGUGGUUGCAGCUAGUGAUGCACCAGCCGCGAUUAUAGCUACAGCAAAUUCCAAAUUACUGAUUGACAUUGUAGCUUGUGAGAUAACCAGAGUCUAUCGCCAAAAUUCGACGUAUUCUUUAAAUUGUAAAUAAUCCUAGGCCUUAACAUAAGCAACAACUCCUCGAUAAGUGAUCUGAUUUAUACAAUAAGCUAGGAUUAAGCCAGUCCGUAAGCACAAACAACUUUUUACACGAAAAAUAAUGUCAGGGAGUUGCAUUAAAACGAAAACAUAUUAAGAAAA